AAGUCGUGAGGGUGCGCUCCAUUACUUCUUCCUCUUUCACCAAUCACCAUAAUUGGCACUCGUCGCACACUAGAGAGAGAGAGAGAGAGGGUUCCGAAGGAUCUACUGCUCUCGUUUAUCAAUUUCUUUAAAGCCUCGCUAUCGUUCGUAGCUUUGUUUUAUAAGUAUUUAUCUGUCCGAGAAUAAGAAAAGAUGCUUCCUCUUUCAUUGCUCAAGUCUGCACAAGGACACCCUAUGUUGGUGGAACUGAAAAAUGGGGAGACAUACAAUGGUCACUUGGUUAACUGCGACACUUGGAUGAACAUUCAUCUCCGUGAAGUUAUCUGUACCUCAAAGGAUGGAGAUAGGUUUUGGAGGAUGCCAGAGUGCUAUGUUAGGGGUAACACAAUCAAGUAUCUCAGAGUUCCGGAUGAGGUGAUUGAUAAAGUUCAAGAAGAGACAAAAAGCCGUUCUGACAGAAGGCCACCUGGAGUAGGGCGUGGAAGAGGAAGAGGUGGAAGAGAAGAAGGCCCUAAACCAAAAGGUGUGGGCCGUGGUUUGGAGGAUGGAGGAGGCCGGGGUGCAGGUGCUGCUCGAGGCAGGGGUGGAGUUGGAGGAAGAGCCUCUGGAAACAGAGGUGGUGGUCGAGGAGGCCGAUGAAAUUACAAGAUUUACUAUAAGUCUGAAGGUGUGUGUGGUCGUACUAUUUUUUUAGACCACUUGCUAGUUGGGGAUGAAACAUUCGACUUUCGACCAUAUUAGAUUUUGUUACAUGUUCAAUUUCUCCAACGUGCAGUUAUUGGUUGGACCUUCCUGAGCAAUACUAUUUGUUUGUAGAGUUUGGUUUUACUGUGUUAAUCUGAGUAUUCACGGUCUGAGUGUGAAUUUCUAAUAUUCUAUAUUUGAUCUAAAUGGUGCACAACAUUCCCAAUUUUUUAA